AUGGGUCCAAUAACCCUCUACUACUCCCCAGGAGCUUGUUCCUUAGCGCCCCACAUCCUUCUCCAAGAAAGCGGGCUGGAAUUCUCCAUCCACAAAGAGAAAACGGGCCAAUUCACACCAGCACUCUACGCUUUGAACCCCAAAGGCAAAAUUCCCGUCCUUGCUCUCGACAACAACACAAUCAUAACCGAGAACCCAGCCAUCAUGAAUGCGAUCUCAACCCUCGUACCGGAGAAAAACCUAUUCGGAAAGACGCCUUGGGACGCUGUCCGUGUGUAUGAAUGGUUGACGUGGCUCUCCGGUACACUGCACGGGCAGGGCUUCGGAUUGUUGUUUCGAUUCCGCCGGUACACAGAUGAUGAAGGGCAGUUUGAGGGGCUGAAGAAAAGGGGGAUGGCCAUCGUGACAGAUUGUUUUGAGAUUAUUGAGCAGAAGUUGACUGAAGCUGGUGAUGGCCGUUUUGCUGUGGGGGGUGCAUUUACGGCGGUUGAUGCUUAUUUGUUUGUUUUUCAUCGUUGGGCCUUGGGAUGUGAGAUUGAUAUGCCGGCGCUGUAUCCCAGAUAUACGGCUUUGUAUGAAGCCGUUGGAGGCAUGGAGGCGACGAAGAAGGCCCUCGCUGCUGAGGGGCUUUAA